CCCUCAUCCAGCCUCUAGACCAGGGAGUUCUAGAAACUUUUAAGCGAAACUACAAAAAGAGGCUGCUUAGAAAUCUACUGGAGAAGCUAGAGGACGGGCUGGGUGUCACUGAUGCUCUCAAGUUAAUCACAAUGAAAGAUGUUGUCUACUGGGUGUCAGAAGCUUGGGAUAACGUUAGGGAGGACACUAUAAGAAGGUCAUGGCGCAAACUUUUCGGAAUUGAAAAGGCAAGCCGCCAAGAGACAGCUGCUCCUGAAAACCAGCCAAGAGCAUGUCCUCCUGAAAAUGAAGAGCUUGUGAAUCUUUGUAACCACCUUCCAGUGGCUGAGCCCAUCAGUGCAGAGGACAUCAGUGAAUGGAUCAAUGGAGAUGAGGAUCAGGCCCUAACUGAUGACGUGAUUAUCCAGAUGCUCAACCAACCAGAAGAUGAUGACAACGAUGAACCUGAUGGGGCGACUGAGAAAAUAUCACAUACAGAAGGUCUAAGAACGAUCGAGGGAGCACUGGCAUACAUUGAACAACAAGAAACCGCAACAACAAACGAUUUAGUUUGGCUGCGACGCUGGCGCAACAGGGCGGCUAGCCUAAGAUCCUCUAAUCUAAGUCAAAAAACAAUAACUGAUUUCUUUGGGAAAAAAGAUUAGCUUACUUUGUUUAUUUUUGUACAAUGUACAGUAAAUUAAUUUUCAUUUCUUUGAUUUAAUUUUGUAAACAGGAAUACUGUACUGUA